AUGUCUGACUCUCGGGUUAUUCCCGCCGCGCAUUCUGCGUCAUCUUCCUCGCAUCCUCCGCAAUCGCUCGUGAAUGCCUUGUCGCGAGCGCUGUCUCGCCGGGAAGCCAAAUCCGCCCGCCGGAGGUUAACCGUCUUACCCCAGGAAACCGUUGAUUUUUCUUCAAAUGACUUCCUUUCACUGGGGACAUCCCCAGCUUAUCGAAAUCGGUUUAUGACUCACCUCAACAAUGCACCGGAUUCAUUCCCCUUUGCAAGCGGAGGGUCACGAUUGCUAGAUGGAAACUCCGCUUAUGCCGAGGAAUUGGAACGAUUCGUGGCUGAUUUCCAUCAAGCUCCCACCGCUCUAUUAUUCAAUUCUGGCUUCGAUGCUAAUGUCGGCGUUCUGUCGAGUAUUCCGCAGCCCGGUGAUGUGAUUCUCUAUGAUGAGCUCAUUCAUGCCAGUGCACAUGAGGGAAUGCGGUUAUCUCGCGCCGGAAAGCGCGUCAUGUUCCCCCAUAGCUCGGCGGCAGGCCUGCGUGAUGCUCUUGAGGCCCAGAUCAAUGAAGAUCCGUCUGUUCGAAAUGGCACUAAGAAUGUGUUCAUUGUGGUUGAGUCUAUUUACAGCAUGGAUGGCGAUGUGGCCCCUAUAAAAGACUUCAUUCAAGUAGUGGACGAUCUUCUUCCCCACCAGAAUGGGUAUUUCAUGGUCGAUGAGGCUCAUUCCACUGGCGUAUUUGGACCUCGGGGCUCUGGAGUUGUCCAGGAGCUGGGUGUUCAGGAUCGCAUGUUCAUCCGAGUGCACACAUUCGGAAAGGCAUUGGCCAGUCAUGGUGCGAUGGUUCUCUGUGGCCAAGAAACGAAAGACUACCUAAUCAACUACGCGCGGAGUCUGAUCUACACCACUGCGCUUGGCUUUCCCUUCCUUGCAUCUAUUCGCACAGCGUAUGAGCUGUUAGCGAAUGGCGAAACGGAAUCUGUAGGUACCAUCCAGUUUAUGCAGAGUGGCCACAACUUUGCAUUUACUAACCAAGAGAAACAGUUACAAUUACGCGUCCAGGAGUUGAUCCGACACCUUCACACCCGCCUACACAGCCUACGGACAGACCAGUCGGUUCUUUUCGAGGUCGACCAUUUCCCCACAUCUCCAAUCUUUUCAUUACGAACCUCCAAGCCUCGUCAGCUAGCGGCUUUCUGCCAGCAAAAUGGGUUUAUCGUCCGUGCCAUCAUGCCACCCACCAUCCCGGAGGGCAAGGAGCGAGUCCGUGUCUGUCUGCAUUCUGGCAACACGGAGGCCGAGAUUGAAGGGUUGGUUCAAACGAUUCAAUCAUGGCUUGACCAAUGUGAGAUGAGAAGUGCGAAUCUGUAA